AUUCGAUCACCGCCAGUUCAGUUCAUACAGAAGUAUUUAAUAGAGAAACAACACAAUAAUAAAACUAAUAACUCUCUUCUAGACAACACUUCCUCCUUUUCACUUUUACCUUGCCAUGAUUGCCAGUUGCAAUUGACCUAUCUCCUCACCAUUGAUUGUUUAACUGUUGAACUGUCAAACUGCCCCGCCAUGGCUACCCAGUGGUAUAUCGAGAAUAAAGAUGUCGGGAACACAGAGCAUGCGGAAGACUGGCGGAUUCGGGGCUACAAUCCUCUUACCCCGCCAAACCUCCUACAGCAUGAGAUAUCUCAGACUCCUGCCUCCAAGCAGACGGUCAUAAGCUCGCGCAAAGAAGCCGCCGCCGUCGUCAAUGGCAAAGACCCGCUCAACCGCCUCCUCGUCAUCAUCGGGCCCUGCUCCAUCCAUGACCCAGAGGCAGCCAUGGACUACUGCAACCGCCUACUCCAACAAAAGGAGAAACACAAAGACGAGCUCCUCAUCGUCAUGCGCUCCUACCUCGAGAAGCCCCGCACAACCGUCGGCUGGAAGGGCCUCAUCAACGACCCGGACAUCGACAACUCGUUCAAGAUCAACAAGGGACUGCGCGUCUCGCGCCAGCUCUUUGUUGACCUGACAGACAAGGGCAUGCCUAUCGCUAGCGAGAUGCUCGACACCAUCUCCCCCCAGUUCCUCGCUGACCUCCUCUCCGUCGGCGCCAUCGGCGCCCGCACCACAGAGUCCCAGCUGCACCGUGAGUUAGCAAGCGGCCUCUCCUUCCCCGUCGGCUUCAAGAAUGGCACCGACGGCUCUCUGGACGUGGCCGUCGACGCCAUCGGUGCCGUCAAGCACCCGCACCAUUUCCUCUCCGUGACGAAACCGGGCGUCGUGGCGAUUGUGGGUACGGAUGGCAAUGACGACUGCUUUGCGAUCCUGCGCGGUGGGAAGAAGGGAACCAACUACGAUGCAGCAAGCAUUGCGGAGGCCAAGGCGAAGUUGGCGGAUAAGGGCUUGAAUGCCCGCUUGAUGGUUGAUUGCAGCCAUGGCAACUCGCUGAAGGAUCACCGCAACCAGCCCAAGGUGGCGGCUGUGCUGGCGGAGCAGAUUGCGGGCGGUGAAGAGGCGAUCAUGGGGGUGAUGAUUGAGAGUAAUAUUAACGAAGGAAACCAAAAAGUCAGCCCCCAGGGCAAACCAGGUCUAAAAUACGGAGUCAGCAUCACGGAUGCCUGCAUUGGCUGGGAAGAUACGGAGAGCGUAUUACAAACCCUCGCGGAUGCGGUGCGGCAACGGCGGGAACGCGGACAAGCCGCAUGAGCAUAAUAAUAGAAAACUACUCAAAACGUCUAUGAAAAAGUCGUUUAUUCCCUUGCCUACUUUCGUCUAUUUUGAAAACGCCUUUAUAUAUUCCCUUGAGUUAAUUUGUUGUGAUUUUCGCUGUCUUUUUCAGGGGGUUUGGUCAAAUGGCUUAAGGAAAAUAAGAUAAAAUAUAAAUUGGGGAUAUGCCUGGUUGAAACGGUGGGAAGACAAAAAAUAUUUUGAAUUUCUCGUACCUUAUUUUACCUCUGUUACUUGCAUGAUCCGUUUCUCUCUGAAGGUCCCGGCGACUUUUGAGUACAACUGGAACAUAAUGAUAACACAAACUACUCCGUACUACUUACGACAAUCAACACAAAUCUUGUCUCCUAUCUCGCUUCACUGAAGUUGGACAAGUAGGCCGAUGUUUGGAAUUUGAAAGUGUAACACUUUUGUGUGUAGGAGAUGAAAACUGAUCCAUGCGUAGAGAAUAGAGAAUGGAAGUGCAAUCGAAGUUGGAAUUAGGAAAAUGUAGGAAAAUGGCGAGCGGCUUAAGAGUGGUAUCAUCAUGGAUGCAGAGAAAAAUAAAAAUAGAAGUACGUUUGAAA